UCGUGGAAGUGCUGGCGGUGGGACGCAGAACUUCGCCCUCAUUGGCUCAGUGCUAGGAGCCUCGGUCACGUGACUGAGCUUCUUUCUGGGAGCGGAUUGUCUCUGAAUCAAACUGGCUGGCAGAGGGGAGGAGCGGGAUACUCUGCACAACGAGACUGAUCGCUCAACAUCUGCGACCCAGAUCCAGUAAACCUAGCGUUCAUUACAUACGUACUUAACAAGGAGUAAUUCAGUGUAUCGUGGGUUGAACGUUAUCCUGGGUUUUGGAUGAAGCUGGAAGUGAGUGGAGAUGAACCGGUUGGUUCAGUGCAGCAGUGGAGGAGAAAGCGCAGUCGUAGCGGCAGAAUGGAAACGCGCUGUUUACUUUUGUUGUGUAUUUGGAUUAGCCUUGUGAUCUGGUAGAUCCUGAUCCGUGAGCGAUAUGAGGGCUGCGUGGGCAAACUUGGCGGCUCUAGUGAUCUUGGGCACUUGUGCUUUCGUGCUGCACUUUUGGAGCGGACUGGAAAAGCGGCUGGAGAGGCGCAAACGGAGCGUACCAGAUUAUGGUGCCCAUCCUGCUUAUCCCGGACAUGAGGCUGCUGGAAGUUUUCGAGCUUUACUCGCUGUUCCGCAGAAAUCGCAUGUAUUUGAGAACACUACUGCUACUACGAGUGUUUUAUUAAAAAAUAGAACUGGUGAUCGGGCUGCUUUUGGAUCCGCAAAUGAUCCUAUUAUUGAGGAUGGUAUAUUUUGGAGCCAGAGACUUGAGAGUGAUUUGUGGAAUGGCUUUGUGGAUGAACACGCGCGCAGGUGGAGGGAUCGAGCGCAUCAUAGUCAGGUUGUGUCCCUAGAACCCGGCUGCGGCAGGACAUCCAACCGGCUGGCUACGUUUGCAGAUGGGCAUCGUGCAUGCGUGCGUUACGGGAUCAACCUGGAACAGGUGCAGGGCGAAACUUUGUCCUAUUACUUAGCCAAUUUGCUCGGGAUCUGUAAUGUGCCCCCGCUUGCUCUGGCACGCCUCGAUGGCGAGCAGUUUGCGCGCGUCAGAUUGCACAUGGAUUCUUUGCAGUGGGCACCGAACUCACUCGUGUCUCUCAGCGAAUGGGUCCCGGACCUGAGCCCAGCUUCUGUGCCAUCUCCUUUCCGCCAGGAUAAGAUCGGAUUGCGCCCGAUCGCCCCCGUUCCGCGUGGAACGAACACAUCCGACGCACACGAACUGAUGCAAUGGAGCGAUCUGAUCGUGUUUGAUUAUAUCACGGGCAACUUCGAUCGACUCGUGAGCAACCUGUUCAGUCUGCAGUGGGACGUCCGGGCUAUGGAGAGGGACGCCAGUAAUCUAUUAAGGACACCGCGAGGGGGUCUGGUUUUUAUAGACAAUGAAGCAGGGUUGGUGCACGGAUACCGAGUGCUGGAUAUGUGGGAGAAAUAUCACAGCACGGCUCUCGGAUCGGUGUGUGUGUUCAGGAGGAAAACCGCACAGCGCCUGGCACAACUGCACCGGUACCGGGACGCACACGCGCGCCUGCUCCAGCUCUACAGGGACAGAGAGCCGUUAGCUGCAGAGCUCGGCUUUCUAUCCGAGGAUCAUUCCAGAACAUUACAGAAUAGAAUAGACCGGGUUUAUGAGCACAUUCUGCGCUGUAAAGCCAAGUACAACAAACUGUAGUUUUUUUUUUCCCCUGGUAAGGACCUUUCCCAGCAUUAGUAUGGAUAAGGACCGUUGGUUACCAAGGUGACAUGAACAGUGCACAGUGCAACUUCUGAAUCAAUGUGGACUAGCUAUCUCCUGUCAGGACAAACCCUUCUUUUAACGUGGGCAAGUUUGGUCAGGCUACCUAAACUACUUCAUUUUGCUUAUGGGCUUUACUUGCUUAGUGACUUUAAAAUUGUUUGUGUUUUGGGGUCACUCUAAUAUAGUAGUGAUGUGGUUUUCCACCAGGUAUUCUGGUUUCCUCACACUCCCCCUAUGUUGUAUUAAGGUGUGGGUGGGUGAGUAACUAAAUAACUGUGUAAGUGGUGUCCUUUGAUAAACUGGCACCCUUUCCAGGCUUGCGCCCAGUGUUUCUGGGUUGUCUUGACCCAACAUGACCUUGACCAGGAUGAAGCAGUAAGUGAUAGUGAACGAAUAAUAACAAGUCAUAAAAUGUGUGACAGGAAUCUAGUGGGUCCUGUUUGAUCAGUGUCUUUGGUUGCUGUCUGUGAGGAGUUUCUAAUCUGAGUACUCCCACUCUACAAACGUGCAGAAGACAGACUGGGUGUUUUAAACUGGCCCUAGUAGGUGAUUGUUUAAAACUGUGUCGCCGUAUGAUGGAUUGGCCUCCUGCUGAGGGUGUAUUUCUGCUCCUCGGUGCCCGGUGUUUGUGGGUGGCAUCUGACCACCUUGGCUCUGAGCAGGAUAAAGUGUUUUUUAACUAAAUAAAUAGGGUUUGUUUCAGGCUAACUGAAUUUGGUUGUUUUGUAUAUGGGUUUCUGUAUCAUGAAACAUUUGUAUUUUUUAGAGAGACAAAGGUCAUGGCAACAGUUCCCUCUGAACCAGUCACUCCAGUUACUGUAUGUGAGAAGUUUUUGUUUUAGUGGGAUUCCUCCCACCUCCCAAAGACAUGCAAAAGGAGAACUGCCUAUUGUAAUUGCUCUGAGGUUGGAGUGAGUGAAUGUGUGCGGGUGUGUGGCCUUGCAGUGGAUUGGCACUCAGUCCAAGGUGUAAUUAUUGUUCGAGACCGACCUACCACAACCCUGACCAGGAUGAAAGUUAGUGAAUAUGUGUGAAAUAUAUCAUAAAACUUAGAUUUGCACUAGGGCUCAAUGGUACAACAUAUCAUAUUCUGAUACAUGUAUGCUAAAUAGGGCUGGGUGAUAUAUUGACUAUUUUAGAUAUUAUUGAUUUAUUUUUCUGAAAAACGUGGAUAAACAGUUUAUGGCCUUUCAGCAUCCACACGUUGUAACCACACUCAUUAUAUUAAAACCAGUGGUGUACUGAUGGUGUACUUUUUAUGGUGAACUCCAGUGGCUUCACAGCCAAAUUAGAUGGUCUCGUUUUUGUGGGUUACAUUUUUUAGUUUUCAUUAUUUGCAAUAUAAAAGUCAGACCAGCUUUUAACUGUUUAAAUAACAUCAUAUUUUUAUGAUACUCCAGCUAUAUAGCAUUCUUUUAAAGGUUUUUUCUUAACCCACUAGACUUUUCUUUUAAUAUGUCUUGUCCAUUUCUCUUAAACACAAAAUGUAAUAGGGUAAUUUUAUUUUCCCUAGGUUUGGUUACAAUAGUUGAAGACAUCUCCAUGCUAUACAAUAUGUAUAAUAGUACAUCAUACUAAGUUUAAUUUAAACAGAGUAAGACAAAACAAAGUGAUUGAUAUAAAUGUUGUUGUCCAAUAGGCUAUUAAGUAAGCAGGUAACAAUGGGAUAAUUAGUAAUAUAAUCACAAUAUUAAUAUAACAUUUUCAUAUCACCCAGCCCUGACAUUGGUGUUAUCGAAUGAAUUUGUCAGGUACCAUGAUGAAGGCCUAAAUAUACUGUAAAAACACUGUAGACAGGCAAAAUAUUUAUAAGUUCAAGUUUUUUUGAUUAUGAUCAUUCUGAACUUGAUGAACUUUAGCUGAGCAUUUAAUCAUUUCUUCACAGCUUUACAGAUUCAUUCAUGGCCUUAAUGAAGUGGUGGACGUGCUUUGGAUUAGAAAUGUGUUGUGGGAUUUUGCUUUUGUAUAAUCCAAAUUUUAUUUAACUAAUUUAAAUCACAGUUUGUGAUAACAUUCCAGUUCUGUUUUUAUAAAAGUGUGUGUCAUUUUUACAUGCCAUUAAAUCUGGUGAAACUUAAAGGUUUUCACUAAGUCGAACUCUA